AUGGCCGCUGAUAAACUUCUUGGGUUUGCAAUGCUUCUCGUAGCUGCAUCUGUAUUCACCUACUACACAACAUGGGUAUUUGUAAUACCAUUUGUCGAUGAGGACUCAUUCAUAACCAGCUUCUUUUUGCCUAGAGACUAUGCUAUUAAAUUGCCUUUGUUGUUGCUUCUUGUUGCCGGUUUGGGAGUGGGAACGUUUAUUGGAAAAGUGUUGAUUAAGAACCAACAGAAGCAAAAGAGUAAGAAAAAGGCGCAAUAG